AUGAGCGGAGUGCAGAGAUUCCUUUCCAAGCGGGAUGGAAAGCGCCUCCGAGACCGAGACAGCUUCCAUCAUCAUACAAACCCGCUCAGUAGGAAAGUGCUGGCAGUGUCGAGUCCCGAAGUGAAUGCUCAACCGGUCAAUCCAAAUUCCGCCGUCGACUUCUUUGGUCUCUUUGAUGCUCACGGCAGUCCUGCUACCCAGGCGGAGGAGCAGAAAAUUAAAACUUUACGACAGCGCAUAUUAGAUUCCAAAGGCGUUCUGUUAAGACAUGCCCAGAUCCUCUGGGCUCUCCGGUCGAACGCCGCAGAUGGAGACAUCGAGGCAGCAUACAGCCUUUUGCUCGCCAUGUCUGAUGCUUCCGAAGGCAUCGUCACCGGCUAUGAUCCGCACACAAAACUGCUCGGUGCCCAGAAUCGACAAGGGGUCACCUGCUUCCUGGAUGCGACUCUUUUCGCCAUGUUUUCGCGCCUCGACAGUUUCGAGGCGAUGUUGUAUAACUCGUUCGAUGACGUGUCUCGGGACAAAUUGGCAUUCGUGUUGCGGCUUUGGGUAAACCUCUUGAGGUCCGGCAAGCUGAUCACCACCGACAUCACCAAAGUCCUCCAAGAUACUCUGGCCGAAUGCGGCUGGCAGGAAGCCGCAGAGAUGCACCAGCAGGAUGCUUCCGAGGCAUUCACCUUCAUCACCGGAAAGCUUGACCUCCCUUUGCUAACUCUGAAGAUGGACAUCUAUCACACUGGCCGAGAAGACACGAAUGAUGACCACAAAUUCAUCAACGAGAGACUCCUCGAGGUCGCAAUUCCACCUGACCCUACCGGCCACCGCAAGGUGAUCACGCUCGAAGAAUGUCUCGAAGACUAUUUCAACAACCGGAUCGAGGUGCGGAGGUACAUGGAGCGACGAUCCACCAUGACCUCCAUACACAAAGCAAACGCUGUGCAUGUAGAGGCAGUCGAGGUCGACCCGGAAUCGUCAUCCAGCACUCCAGUAUCAUCGUCCCCCAACCAUGCUUCUCCCCUGCGCCCGGUGAACCGCCUUCGGACACCUAGCAUCAUCCAAGAGCGCUAUUUCCCUCCACGCAAGGAGAGUGGCUAUUCGUCAAUGGUAUCGGUACAAUCGCAAGACCCUCCCCGAAGACCCCGGGCCGGAAGUGUUCGAAAAGAAGUCAUGAUGCCGGCGUGGCAGUUCUUCAGCCUGAUACCUUGGUACACGGACAAUGCACCCAAAAAUGAUGCACAAGUGGCCGCCCAUUUUUCGACCAAGAGGCCGAUCCUAGGUCUAUGCCUGAAGAGGUACUCGAUGCAGCCAAAUGGCCGAGCCGUCCGUCUAGAUACGCAGGUCGACAUCCCCGUCGAGAUUGGAGUACCGCAUUUCAUCCAGGACGAUCAAAUGGCGGAGGCUGGUGCACUGUACGGCAACUUCAAGCUUUCAUUACAAUCUGUUGUGUGCCACCGGGGUGUCUCGGUGGAUUCUGGACAUUAUAUUGCCCUCGUUCGGGGCACGCCGCCGCCGGGAUCAGCCGAUGCCACCGGUCCCGACAACACGAAGACGUGGAUGCGAUUCGACGAUCUCGCUCCGAAUCGCAUCACCGUGGUCGACAUUGAGACGGCGUUGAGAGAGGAGACUCCAUAUCUUCUCUUCUACCAGAUUGUCCCCAUCGAGGGGGAUCCAGGACAUAUCACAACAGGAGAGGACAUAUUCACGUCAGUAUCCGAGCGGAAUGCCUCACUGAGUGAGUUGUCGAGUGUAUCCGCGUGGACAGACAAUCAGCCUCGCUCUACUCGGCCCAGUCUCGACCUCCCCAGUCGAGACGAUCCUCGCGGUCGCUCACCCGUCGAGGAGCGGAGGACCAGCGUUGUGUCGUUCCCCGACCUCCCGCCAGAAUCAUCGAGCGAUGCAUCCUUGAAUGUCCCGGACAACGGCGACCCGUCCAACCGCUCCAAGCGCGUCAGUCACUCGUUAACUCGCACGCAGACCAAGGCAAGCGACAACAUCAGCCGGACUUUUUCGAAAUUGACCGGUCGGAGAAGUCGAGAUCUCAUGCCGCCCGAUGCGCCCCAAGCUGAAGUGUUCGUCACCGAGGUCACCGACCGGGCCAUGACGGAUCCGCAGACUCAGGACAGGCUGGAGCAACCCGGUCCCGCUCCCGCUCUCGCUCUGCUGGGGGAACCGUCCAAGGGCCACAAGAGAGAGAAAAGUCGCGGCCGGUUGUCGAGGAGCAGGAUCCGAGGCGAAAAGCCCGACAGAGAAUGCAGCGUCAUGUGA